AUGGCGUCGUCACAAACCACCAUGAUCGUAACGGCCUCUGUUGCCGCGGUUGCGACCGGUCUUGUUGCCUAUGCUUUCUACUUCGAUCACCAGCGACGGAAGAACCCCGAGUUCCGUCGCAACCUGCGUCGCAACGAGAGACGGCAGAUCCGGUCAGAGAAGGAGGAGGCCCAGUACCAGUCCAUCAAGCAGCGUCAAGCUAUCCAUACCGCUAUCGACGACGCCAAGGAGGAGGGCUUCCCCACCAACGUCGAGGAGAAGGAGGCCUACUUCCUCGAGCAGGUCUCGACGGGCGAGACCCUCGCUACCGACCCUUCGCGAGGUCUGGAGGCUGCUCUGCACUUCUACAAGGCCCUCAAGGUCUACCCUACCCCUGGUGACCUGAUCAGCAUCUACGACAAGACCGUCUCCAAGCCCAUCCUCGACAUCCUCGCCGAGAUGAUCGCCUACGACUCCGACCUCACGGUUGGCGCCUUCCAGGGCUCCAGCGGGAUCCCCCCCGAGAUGGAGGCUGCCAUGUUCGGUGCUGGCGCUGGCGGCAUGCCUCCCACCGUCGGUCUCGACUAA